GUGUCACCUCCUGUCCUCGCCAUGCGGACCCCGCGAGUGCCCCCUCCCCGCCCGGCCCUACUGCUCCUGCUGCUGCUGCUGGGGGGCGCCCACGGACUCUUCCCCGAGGAGCCGCCGCCGCUCAGCGUGGCCCCCAGGGACUACCUGAGCCACUACCCUGUGUUCGUGGGCAGCGGGCCGGGCCGCCUGACCCCCACAGAGGGCGCCGAGGACCUCAACAUCCAGCGGGUCCUGCGGGUCAACAGGACGCUGUUCAUUGGGGACAGGGACAACCUGUACCGGGUAGAGCUGGAGCCCCCCACCUCCACGGAGCUUUGGUACCAGAGGAAGCUGACCUGGCGCUCCAACCCCAGCGACAUCAAUGUGUGUCGGAUGAAGGGCAAGCAGGAGGGCGAGUGUCGAAACUUUGUAAAGGUGUUGCUCCUGCGGGACGAGGCCACCCUUUUUGUGUGCGGUUCCAACGCCUUCAACCCCCUGUGCGCCAACUACAGUAUAGACACGCUACAGCCCCUCGGGGACAACAUCAGUGGCAUGGCCCGCUGCCCCUACGACCCCAAACACGCCAACGUCGCCCUCUUCUCUGAAGGAAUGCUCUUCACAGCCACUGUCACCGACUUCCUGGCCAUCGAUGCUGUCAUCUACCGCAGCCUUGGAGACAGACCCACUCUGCGCACCGUGAAACACGACUCCAAGUGGUUUAAAGAGCCCUACUUUGUGCACGCGGUGGAGUGGGGCAGCCACAUCUACUUCUUCUUCCGGGAGAUCGCAAUGGAGUUUAACUACCUGGAGAAGGUGGUGGUGUCCCGCGUGGCCCGGGUGUGCAAGAAUGACGUGGGGGGCUCCCCGCGCGUGCUGGAGAAGCAGUGGACGUCCUUCCUGAAGGCGCGGCUCAACUGCUCCGUGCCCGGGGACUCCCACUUCUACUUCAAUGUGAUGCAGGCCGUCACGGGCGUGGUCAGCCUGGGGGGCCGGCCAAUAGUCCUUGCCAUUUUCUCCACCCCCAGCAACAGCAUCCCCGGCUCUGCCGUCUGCGCCUUUGACAUGACACAGGUGGCUGCUGUGUUUGAAGGCCGCUUUCGAGAGCAGAAGUCCCCGGAGUCCAUCUGGACACCUGUGCCCGAGGAUCAGGUGCCUCGGCCCCGGCCUGGGUGCUGUGCGGCUCCCGGCAUGCAGUACAACGCCUCCAGCGCCUUCCCUGAUGAGAUCCUCAACUUCGUCAAGACCCACCCCCUGAUGGACGAGGCGGUGCCCUCGCUGGGCCAUGCGCCCUGGAUAGUACGAACUCUGACACGGCACCAGCUGACUCGAGUGGCUGUGGAUGUGGGCGCCGGCCCCUGGGGCAACCAGACUGUCGUCUUCCUGGGCUCCGAGGCGGGCACCAUCCUCAAGUUCCUGGUCUGGCCCAACGCCAGUGCCUUGGGCACCUCUGGGCCCAGUGUCUUCCUCGAGGAGUUCGAGACCUACCGGCCAGACAGGUGUGGCCGGCCAGGUGGCAGUGAGACAGGGCAACGGCUGCUGAGCCUGGAGUUGGAUGUGGCCUCAGGAGGCCUGCUGGCGGCCUUCCCCCACUGUGUGGUCCGUGUGCCCGUGGCCCGCUGCCAGCAGUACUCAGGGUGCAUGAAGUGAGUGCCGCCGGGCCCACUG